CUAGGCCACGCCCCCUGGGCGCUGCCGGAGUGGACGUUUCCAGAGAUAUGUUAAUGAGGGGGCGGGCACCGCAGCCCAUUGGCCGGAGGCGGACUGUCGGUGAAGUCAGCGCCGAGUCCCAGAAAAACAGAGCGGGGCCGACUGCAGCGUGUAGUGUGAGCGGGGCAGGACGCACGGGCCCGGAGACCCGCAAGAGCAGCCCAGGGCCCCAGCUGCGGAAGAAGACGCGUCCUGCUCCCGCCAUGAGCUCGGAGUGUGACAUUGCUGCGUCCAAGGCCAUGCUGAACGGCCUGGCACCCGGCAGCGAUGGGCGCGACAAAGCAACUGCCGGCCCUUUACGUGCACGCUCUAUUUCUGCUGUUCAAAUCAUUCCCGUGAAGACAGUGAAAAGUGCUUCAGGCCUGGUACUCCCUGCAGAAAUGGAUCCUACGAAAAUCUGCACCGGGAAGGGAGCGGUGACUCUCCGGGCCUCAUCCUCCUACAGGGAGACCCCAAGCAGCGGUCCCGUGAGCCCCCAGGAAACCCCACAGCGGGAAAGCCAGCCAGGUCUGGAGCCAGGGACUCCCUCAGCAGAUGAUUGGAGGCUUUCUUCCAGCGCUGAUGCCAAUGGGAACGCCCAGCCUUCUUCGCUCGCUGCCAAGGGCUACAGAAGCGUGCACCCCAACCUUCCUUCUGACAAGCCCCAGGUUCUCUGUCCCCCUAAAGUGGCGUGCUUUGCAUGGCAGCCGCCCACUACGUGCAGUCCCCACAAGGGCUCCCUCCGCGUGAGCUCACCAAGGCCUUACAUCCCACUCAGCACCCCUGGCCAGCAGGACCCCUCACAGUCCGAGCCCAGCUCUGUGCCCCUGGCAGCCAGAUCUCACCUCAAAGACAUGGUGUGCCCUGGUGCCUUGCUUACGGAUUCCACUUUGCCCUGUGCUUCGUCCCCAUCCCAGCACCACUCUGCAGCUACCAGGACAGUUGAUAGCAAGACUGUGAGCUCUAACCCACGUCAUGGGCCAGCUGGGAGUAAAAAGGUCAGCAGCUUAUAUGUCCCUUGUUUAUCCAAUAACAUUCGCCGGGCGGCAUCGGAAACGUCCUCUGGUGCUGCACGUGACCUGGCCAAAGGCACUGCCCUGGAGGCUGCAGGCACCCGAGCACCAGCUCCCAGCCCUGUCUCCUGCACAGCCGGCACAGGAAAGGCACCCCCUGCUCCUCCUCUUGACUCUCCCAAGCUACUCUUGGACAUCUGUAGAGAUGCCGGUGGUGAGCGUCCUUCCCUGGGGACUCAGGCUUCCUUCCUGGAUGCAGUGAGACCACCCGUGCUAGGCCCCCAAGGUACCUCCGAUCCUGAAAACUGGAGGAGCCAAGAGCCUUCCCUUCUGCAGCCGUGCUGUCCAGCCAAGGAUGCCUCUUCGUCCAGCCCGGCCAAGCCCGAGGUAAUAGUUGUCCCUCUCUACCUGGUUAAUACCGACAGAGGGCACGAAGGCACGGCCCGACCUGCAGCGCCCCCGGGCACGCCGGGCUGCGUCCACCCGGUGCCAGCCACCGCCUCUGCCGCCUCGCCUCUGACCUUCCCGACUCUAGACGAUUUCAUUCCCCCUCACCUGCAGAGGCGGCCGCACCCCAGCCCGCCAGCCAGUGCUUGUGGCUCCUUGCCCCCCGGUAGCCACACGCCACCAUCCUUCUCACCACCACCUCCGCUGGUCCCUCCGGCCCCGGAGGACCUCCACAGCGGCUCGGAGCCCGACCUCACGGGAGCUGUUCCAAGUACCGGUUCCAGUCCUCUGCUAAAUGAAGUUUCUUCCUCCCACACUGGAGGCGACUCCCAGGCCUCCACGCCCGUGAGCAAGCCCUCCUCGGCCUACCCCUCCACCACCAUCGUCAACCCUACCAUCGUGCUCUUGCAGCACAACCGAGAACAGCAAAAACGACUCAGUAGCCUUCCAGAUCCUGUAUCAGAAAGAAGAAGAGGAGAGCAGGCCUCGGCUCCAGCCCAGGAAAAACCCACAUCCCCUGGCAGGGCCGCUGAGCAAAAGACCAAGGAUGGCGGCAGGCGGGUGGUUCAGAGCGCACAGGACCUGAGUGAUGCGUCCAUGGAAGCAGUGGGCAUCCCACUCAGGAACACCGAGAGAUCAAAAGACUGGUACAAGACCAUGUUUAAACAGAUCCACAAACUGAACAGAGACACUCCUGAAGAAAAUCCUUAUUUCCCUACGUACAAAUUCCCUGAACUUCCUGAAAUCCAGCAAAAUUCUGAAGAGGACAAUCCUUAUACUCCUACCUACCGGUUUCCUGCCUCUACUCCUAGUCCUAAGUCUGAAGAUGACGACUCCGAUCUGUACUCUCCUCGUUACUCCUUUUCUGAAGAUACAAAAUCUCCCCUUUCUGUGCCCCGCUCAAAAAGUGAGAUGAGCUACAUUGAUGGUGAGAAGGUAGUUAAGCGGUCGGCCACGCUGCCCCUCCCGGCCCGCUCUUCCUCGCUGAAGUCCAGCCCAGAGAGAAACGACUGGGAGCCCCCCGAUAAGAAAGUGGAUACAAGAAAAUACCGCGCAGAGCCCAAAAGCAUUUACGAGUAUCAGCCGGGCAAGUCUUCCGUUCUGACCAACGAAAAGAUGAGUCGGGAUAUAAGCCCAGAAGAGAUAGAUUUAAAGAAUGAACCUUGGUAUAAAUUCUUUUCGGAAUUGGAGUUUGGGAAACCGCCUCCCAAAAAGAUAUGGGAUUAUACUCCUGGAGACUGCUCUAUCCUUCCUAGAGAGGAUAGGAAGACUAAUCUAGAAAAAGAUCUGAACCUCUGCCACACAGAGUUAGAGGCAGAUUUAGAACAAAUGGAGACGAGUAAUAAAGCCGGCGGCGCAGCCCGGCCACAGAGCUCAGCCGUCAGCCCCAGUCUGGAAGUUUCCUCGGAGCCGCCUGGAUAUGUGUAUUCUUCCAGCUACCACGCAGUGAAGAGGGAACCAGAAGGUGCCCCUGGUGAUCUCACUAGCUUGGAAAACGAGAGGCAGAUUUAUAAAAGUGUCUUGGAAGGUGGCGACAUCCCUCUUCAGGGCCUGAGUGGGCUCAAGCGACCGUCCAGCUCGGCGUCCACGAAAGUGGAUCGUAAAGGUGGGAAUGCUCACAUGAUUUCUUCAUCUUCAGUUCAUAGCCGAACGGUUAACACUAGCAGUGUCUUAGGUCCCGUGUGUAAACACAAGAAACCCCUGUCAGCUGCGAAAGCCUGCAUCUCCGAGAUCCUUCCUUCCAAGUUCAAGCCCAGGCUGUCUGCGCCCAGCGCCCUUCUGCAGGAGCAGAAGAGUGUGCUACUGGCCUCAGAGAAGGCCCAGAGCUGCGAGAACCUCUGUGUUUCGGGGUCUCUGAUGGACUCCAGAAGAGGGCUCCCGCUCCAGGCCGGGGGGAGCAUCGAGAACCUGCUCAUGCGUUCGAGGCCCGAGGAUGGCAGCAGGUCGGGCAGCACCAUGAGCCUGCAGGAGUACAGCAGCAGCUGCAGGAGGCCCUGCCCCCUCUCCAGGAAGGCUGGCAUGCAGUUCUCCUUGCUGUACCGGGACAUGCACCAGAUCAACCGAGCUGGCCUCUCCCUGGGCUCCGUCUCAUCGUCGAGCGUGAGAGACCUCGCCUCGCACUUUGAACGGAGCAACCUGGCGCUGUCCAGGGGCGAGCUGGGCUCCAGCCAAGAGGGCUCCGAGCACAUUCCCAAGCACACCGUCUCCUCUCGUAUCACUGCCUUUGAGCAGCUGAUCCAGCGGUCCCGGUCCAUGCCCUCCCUCGACUUGUCCGGCAGGCUGAGCAAGUCCCCCACGCCUGUGCUGGCCCGGAGCUGCCUCACCUCCGCCCGCUCUGCUGAGUCCCUCCUAGAGUCCACCAAGCUCCGUCCCAGGGCCGUGGACGGGGCGCCCGCCGGCGGACUCUACGCCUCCCCUACCUGCAGCAAUAUGGCGGACCACAGCUUGGGCUUCAGGGGCCUCGCGCCUUCCGAGCCCCUCUCCGCCUGCUCCGAUGAGCUCGACCACUGCUCCAACAUCUCCAGUGACAGCAGGGAGGGCAGCGGCGGCAGCGUUUACGGAGAUUUCCCCAGACACCGCCUCAAUAAGUGCAAGGGCACCUGCCCUGCCUCCUACACCCGCUUCACCACCAUCCGGAAGCACGAGCAGCAGCAGCCGCCCCCCAGGCAGCCCGAGUGGCGCCUGGAUUCCAGAGGGGACAAGAGCACUCUCCUCAGGAACAUCUACCUGAUGAGCCCCCUCCCUUUCCGGUUGAAAAAGCCCCUCCAGCACCACCCCAGGCAGCCUCACCCUGCUGACUCCUCGGGCCUCCCCAGUCAGCCCCGGCAGGACCAGGCCCCCGCGGGCGGGAAGCCCUCGGUCCCCGCACGCCUGUCUUCCCACCACACCAUGGCCAGGCUGAGCCGCAGCUCAGAGCCCGCUCAGGAGAGACCCACAGCCCCCGAGGACGGCCCCGGGGCUUUUCAUAACGGGAACCCCGUGCCGUACUCUGACCACGGCCUGGACGGGAACAACAACCCGCAAAGCGAACGGGCAGCGGCGCGCGGAGAUUCAGAAUCGCCACGGCACUUUAUCCCAGCCGAUUACCUGGAAUCCACGGAAGAAUUCAUCCGCAGACGUCAUGAUGAUAAGGAGAAACUUUUAGCGGACCAGCGACGACUUAAACGUGAGCAAGAAGAGGCCGAUAUCGCAGCGCGCCGCCACACGGGCGUCAUCCCCACGCACCACCAGUUUAUCACUAAUGAGCGCUUUGGGGAUCUCCUCAAUAUAGACGAUACUGCAAAGCGGAAAUCUGGGUCAGAGAUGAGACCUGCCAGAGCCAAAUUUGACUUUAAAGCUCAGACGCUAAAGGAGCUUCCUCUGCAGAAGGGGGACAUCGUUUACAUUUAUAAGCAGAUCGACCAGAACUGGUACGAAGGGGAGCACCACGGCCGGGUGGGGAUCUUCCCACGCACCUACGUCGAGCUCCUUCCUCCCGCUGAGAAGGCUCAGCCCAAAAAGUUGACGCCGGUGCAGGUUUUGGAAUAUGGAGAAGCCAUUGCCAAGUUCAACUUUAAUGGUGAUACGCAAGUGGAGAUGUCCUUCAGAAAGGGUGAGAGGAUCACGCUGCUUCGACAGGUGGAUGAGAACUGGUACGAAGGGAGGAUCCCGGGGACGUCCCGACAAGGCAUCUUCCCCGUCACCUACGUGGACGUGAUCAAACGGCCACUGGUGAAGAACCCGGUGGAUUACAUUGACCUGCCUUACUCCUCCUCCCCGAGUCGCAGUGCCACUGCGAGCCCACAGUUUCCUAGUCACAGCAAGCUCAUCCUGCCAGCCCCCUCAUCUCUGCCCCACCCCCGCCGAGCCCUGUCCCCUGAGAUGCACGCCAUCACCUCGGAGUGGAUCUCGCUGACUGUAGGGGUCCCAGGCAGACGUCCUCUGGCCCUGACUCCACCCUUGCCGCCUCUGCCUGAGGCUUCUGUCUUUCGCGCUGACCCCCUUGCCCUGUCAGCGAGGGCUCGUCCCUCCCUGACCCUUGGCCUCCCCCAUUCAAGUCGGUCAGAUGGCUCCACCAUACGCUCGACCAUCUCCCCUCUGGCCCUGCCGCCCCCCGACAGAGCCUACUCUCCGGCGCCCAGUGUACUGGCUCCGCUUCACGUCAACGGAGCCGGUGGUGUUCACGUGUCACCUUCCGGCAUCCACCAAGAUAGCUUCUCCCAGCUGCCGCUCGGGCGCUCUGAUAGGGUCAUCUCGGAGCUUAGCGAUGCCUUUAGCAGCCAGAGCAAGAGGCAACCGUGGCGAGAAGAGAACGGCCACUAUGAAAGGAAAGCAGAGAGGGAGGCGGGUGAGAGAGGCCCUGGUGGACCCGCCAUCUCUAAGAAGAGCUGCCUGAAACCUUCCGACGUGGUCAGGUGCCUGAGUACUGAACAGAGACUCCCAGAUCUCCGCAGCCCUGAGGAGAGCCGGCCCAGCAAGCCUCUGGGCAGCCCUUUUCCAGGAAGGGAGGCUGGGCAGACAGAGCUGCGUAGAGGUGGCAAGCAGGCUGGGAGGAGAGCUGCUCAGAGUGGUGUGAGCCAGCCUUCUCAUCAUUCAUUGAGAGCAGGACCUGAUCUCACAGAAUCUGAAAAGAGCUAUGUGCAACCUCAAGCCCAGCAGCGAAGAGUCACCCCAGACAGAAGUCAAACACCACAAGAUUCAUUUAGCUACCAAGCGUUAUAUAGCUAUAUACCACAGAAUGAUGACGAGUUGGAACUCCGCGAUGGAGAUAUUGUUGAUGUCAUGGAGAAAUGUGACGAUGGCUGGUUUGUUGGUACUUCAAGGAGGACAAGGCAGUUUGGUACUUUUCCAGGCAACUAUGUAAAACCUUUAUAUCUAUAAGAAGACUGAAAGCCACAGAAAUUAUUUUUAUUGGAAGAUGAAGCAUAAUUCAUGAACUGGUCUCUUUAUUUAAACUUGAGUCAGUAGGAAAAUCAGUGCAGUGGACGAAGUAAGAAACAAAGGAGAGGGACAGAGAAGUGUCUUGUUUAAAAUCCAUGCCUGCGUUUACUGUGCAUCAGACAGGGCUGAACUGUGUUCUGAACAAAAAGAAUUGAGGCAAAUCCCAUAUUCACGUAGCUGCUUCUGGGAGCUGCUCCAGCCUUCACCUCCCUCCCACCUCCUGGGUAAUCUGACCUGGAGUAGAACGAUUAGCCAGAAAUGCCUGCUGCUGCCCUGGCCUUAACUAGCUCCCAUCUCAAAGAGUCCUUGAGCCUGAAGCAACCCUGGGAGCACGAGGCAGAAAAAUCCCAGGCCAUUUUCCAGAGGCUCCACGCCUGAGAAUCCACCCGCUCCCCCAGCCUGUGUCCCCGGCCAUCCUGGAAUCAGUUGCUCGCCCGCACUGCUGGAGAACAUUCUGGGCUGCUGCGGCAGCCUCUAAACAGUAGCAGAGGCCCCCGGACUGUACAAGACUGAGUCCCUCUUUGGGCCUGUUGAGGCUGGUGAGGAAGUGGAGGCACGAGGUAGGCGCCCGUGCAUCAGCCUGUUGUGCCGCGUGGCCCCUGAGGGCCCUGCUGUUCAGACUGAAAAGCACAUGACAGUUGCCCUUGGGAACUGAGAAGUAGGUGGCCAGGCAGGCAGGUUACCUUUGUAUUUCCAAAUUUUUUAGCCAAGGAGCCCUGGGGCUUGAAUUACUUGCACUGUGUUCCUGUCUCAUAUCACUGGCUUUUCAGAACGGCCGCCCUGGGGGCAGUGCGGCUGCCUUUAUCAGAGCACCACUGCUAACCUCUUUUUGGCAUGCUGGGACAGUUUGGGGAUUCAGAGGCCCAUUGCCAUAGAAAAUGGAGAAUGAUGUUCAGUGAUUCAUUUAAUAUGCACAUGCGUGCUGGCUGCUGGGGAGGCUGGCGAACAAGACAUGCCCCAGGCUCACAAGGCACUUGCUGCAUCUCCAGUUUUACCCUUCACCCACUGUGGGAACUCUAGGACCACUCACAUUCAGUGCCCAGGGUCGUGAAUCUAAGGUACCCUGGUGCAGCGUCUCUCCAGAGCACAGGCCCUGGGUGUGUGUGAAGCAGGGAUUCUGCUGUGUCCUUCGUGGGGCCUGGGUCCCAGGAACAAGGCUCUGGUGACACCUGGGGUACUUAGUCACAUCUCUGACCACCUCCAGGAUGUUCACUGGCCUCUGCUGGAUCCUUUAGUGGGUCGCAGAGAGAAAUGCUCCACGCCUUGCUCCCUGCCCCCCACCCCGUCCCGCCCGCAGAAGCCAGGGAUGAUUAGAGAGACAAAGAAAAAAAGAACUGAACCGAGAAAGACCGUGCUACGUGCUCAGAAGGGUGCGAGAGAGGAAGAGGGGGGUUUCUCUGGAGGGAUCCUAGAAAGCCUUGUCAUAUUUCUGUAUCCAUGUGUUCACUUUGAGUAACUAGGACGCUGGAAGAACAUUGGUCUGAGAGUAGUUUAUUGUUGGGAAUACUUGGAACUUUUUCCAAAGUCUCCAAACACUCAUCCUCCCCACAAAGACACAUUCAAAGCCUCAAGUCAGAGUAGAAAUCCUGGGUGGUGGGAGUGUGUACCGGCAGCCAAGGCUGCCUGCACAUGGUUCCCAGUUGCCCCAUCAUCUGGAGUCCUUACAGAUGGACAGAAUUUGUGUUCAGUGCCUCUGCCUUGGCCACUGUCCCAGAUACCCAGUUUAGGACCCCACCAGCCCUCUUCCAAUCCCCCCCUCCCCCAUCCCCUGUAGCCAUUUUCCCCUCACUUUCUCCUUAUGCUUCUUUCAAGUCCUGUUCUCAGGAGAGACUGCCACUGAUUCAUUCACACUAAAGUGUAACUGACUGAUCAGAAGAAUGUGUUACCUCUUCCUGGAGGCAUUUGUUUUUAACUGGGAUGGAGCAGAGUCUUAAUCCCAAGGGGAAAGGCUGUAGAACUAGGGGUGGGAGGAGGGGGUCCCUGGGUAGGAUCCAGAGACAUGAGGGCUCUUGCUUUGGAAGGUGGGUCUACUCUACGACCCAGAAGCACUGUUCUCUGACUUUCUCUCUCUUGGAGGGGACAUAGGAAAAAUGCAUAUGCACGCGCGUUGUGCACGCAGCGUUUCUCACUCAUUUUGGAAUGUAAUUCUUGCAUUGGCUAACGUGUUUCCUGGUCUUUCUCAGAUGCAAACCAUUAAUAACACGAUCUUACAAGUUUUUUGAGGGGUGCUUCUUGAUUAAGUAGGUAAUUUUGAACACCUCUUUAAAUACAGCUAGAAAAUAAAACCAAUUUGUAAAGCCACAUUUGCAUAUGACUGCAGCCUCACGCAUUUGUAUAUCUCCAGAAAUCCAGGUCUCCCUCACCAAUUUGCCCUUUAAUAAAAUCUUAUGUUACAGUUUGCAUCACUUCAGCUUCCUAUGUAUGACUAAACAAGGAACAGAGGUUACCGAUUGCUCUUUUGUCUUCAGACAUUUAGUAAUAUAAAGUACCUAUUUUUAUGCUGAAAUGUUUAUACAGGUUUAAUAAUAGCAAGUGCAACUAACUGGCGCCUGCCUUGCAACACGUUUUGAUAUUUUAGCCAUGCUUCCUGGUAAGGCAAGCCCCAAAUUACUUAUCUUUUGCAGUCUCUCUGGGAUCAGUGAAAGAAAAAAAUAUCAUGUGUUUUAGAAGUGGGACUGUAAAUAUGUAUAUUGAACUUUGUAUAGCCCAUGUACCUACCUUGUAUAAAAGAAUAAUUUUAAAAUUUGAACGGAAGGGGGCAAGAUGAGGAAGUCAUGAAGUUUUUUUGCAUUUUUAUUUAAAUGAAGGAACUCCAAAUAACUCACUUGGCAAAUUUUUAGCACAAAAAAUAGCCAUUGUAAAGUGUUAACAUUUAUAGUAAUCAUUCUUUUGGGGAGAGAAGGUAACCAUAACCUCAGUUACAGGUUUGUUUGAUUUUUUAAAAAUUUUCUGGUUUUUUUUUUUUUUUUUUAGGUUUUUUUUUUUUUUUUUUUUGCAAUCCUAUUUAUCUGCAGUACUAUUAAGUCCUAUUACUAGGCUAGGUUACUAUGAAAGAUUAUAUUCUGAAGGAAAAAUAACUGACAUUAGGUAUAACCAAUUAAUUUAAAGUAUCACCAUUUAAAUUAUACACUGAGAGCAUGUACUAUGCAGACACAGAUUUUUCUGUUCAUUUAUUUUUCUUAUUGCAGUGCAUUGAUUUGAUAAAUGUGUUGAAUUCUGACAUUUGCUGUACAUACUAUUUAAUAAACUUUAUGCUGAAUUGCGUGGCA